AUGGCGACUUACCGCCACCUGCUGGACAGAUGCUCUCUGUGCAAGCUGCGUACCCACCAGUGGUGUUUCCUCCUCUUCAACGUGCUACUCUUCCAUGCCUUGCUGUUUGGGGCUGAUUUUGUUGAGGAGUACCUCUUGCAGCCCACGCCUGCUGUUUACACCGAUGGCACGGUUAUUGACGUAAGGGAGAAGGCGAGGAAACUAGAUCUGAGCAACGCCAGGGAGAACGUGUCCCAGGCCUACCCCAUCACUAACCCUGAUGCCUGCAGGAAUUCUGACCUCUUCCUCCUCACACUAGUUUUCAGCUCCCCAGCUAACAUCACGCAAAGAGAUGCCAUCAGGAGGACGUGGGCCAACCAAACUCUCAUCCAAGGCUUCCCAGUGAGGGUACUGUUCUUCUUAGGUUCAACUCAGACUUCUGCUGCACAGGAGACCCUUAUGAGAGAGUCUGACCGAUAUGGGGACAUAGUCCAGGGUCAUGCUGUGGCUGACUCGUCUCUCCGUGGCCCAAUAGAGAGGACUGUGCUGGCACUCCGCUGGGUGAUCACUUUCUGCCCUCUGGCACGCUUUGUUCUGCUAACCAAGGACUCCGUGUUUGUCAACCUCCCUGCCAUUGGAGGCUACCUACUCGGGCUACACAGGCACCCUGAGGACCUUUAUCUAGGUAGGGUGAUCCAGAGAGACUCACCUGAUAGAGACCCCAAUAGUCCUGGCUACCUGCCCCCAGUUCUCUACCCUGACAAGUACCUCCCCGAAUACUGUGAUGGGACGGCUUAUGUUCUGUCCCAAGACGUGAUCCGGAAAGUGUACAUAGCAUCUGCAGCAGUCCAUGCACCCGUGAAAGCUGAUGUGUUUGUGGGCCUUUGUUCUCAGAAGGCUGGUGUGGCACCAACCCACAGUGCCAGGUUCUCUGGAGAAAAACACAUCCGCUACAACGCCUGCUGCUACCGCUAUCUGUUCAGUUCAGCAGGAAUGAGGAGCGAUGAACUAGAAACAGUGUGGGCAGACCUCGGACAGAAAGGUGGAAGGUGCUCACUGUUACAGACCUACUAUGGCCUGGUGACUUGCAAGGCCCUCACAUACCUGGAUAAACUGUCUUUCUUCAACUCCCAGGGAGAAGAUUAAUUGCAUGGUUGGCAGAGAGCGAGAGACCAGUUUGUGUUUGUUCUUGUGAAUGAAAGAGGACUGAAAGAAGCAAAG